AUGCGCUCGUCCCAUUCCGCCUCGGCGCUUAUUGCGCUUCUCUCCGCGACGGCGAUUUCCGCUCUGUCGCCGGCAAAGCUGCACUGUCUUCGCUCGAGAAGUCUUGAGCUUGCAAAGCUUGCGGGCUGUGGUGAGCCGGGAUCCGUGGCCCACUGCAUCGACAUGCUCCCCGACGAUCUGAGGCAGACCGACCUCGAGAGAUGCUACAUACACGCCGGCUGCGAUCUUCCCGAAGCCAUUAUCGAGUCGCAAGGGACCCUAGAUCGAUGCGGCAAUGACGAGAAGGCUCCCGCCGAGCUGCGCAAGCGGCACAUGCCCGUGCUCGCGCGCCAGACCACUGCUGCUGCGACAACGGCGACCGAGGCAGCCAACACGGCCACGAGCACGGACACCGACACGCGCUCGCUGCUCACCUGCUCCACGACUACGACUAAGUCGACGACACUCUGCCCGGUCGUAUCGACGGGCGUGAGGAAAGGCAUGACGCUUAACGAGGGCUGCUACCCGACGCAGUUGGUGUUCGCGACGUGCGCCGCGGGCCUGCGCUGCACGGACGACCUCUCGGGCAACCCGUCGUGCCUCAAGCUGGACAACACGGUGUACCCCGGUGGCAUCGCGGUGGCCGUCUUCCUCGCGGUGGCGGUCGCGUUCUCGUUCGGGUGGCUCACGUUCCUCUGCUGCCGCGAGAGGAAGCAGAAGAAGCGCAUCGCGGCCAGGGCCGAGGCAGCGAGCAUUGCUAGGCAACCAGCCAAGGCGCCGACUCUGCGGGUCGAGAACACGGACAGCCAGCCGCUCGUGGAGCACGGCCACCCGGCUGUUGAUUACCACGACGCGCACGGCCCGUUCAGCGACCAACACCGGAUGUAA